UUGUAGCUGGGAGGCUGGUCAUGCAGAUUCAGAGCUGAUAAAACUGAAGCUAUUUCCUGUGGCUGCACUCAGAGCAGGAUAUUUCAAUGAGAGACACACAACUCAGAGCUCAAAGUGAAAGAGCUUAAGACAGGGAGAAAGCAGGAGAGAAGAGGACAGCUGGACAUUUGUGGGAAAGAAAAGACAACUGGGUCAACAUGGAUAAUGAAAUGACAUUUUAGAAGUCUUCUCUCCUUUUUCUUCUGUGGUGGUUUUCGAGCAAGAGGGUCCCCAAAGAUGGCCUCACACAACAGAGGUCUGAAGAAAACAUUUGUUUCCACUUUCAGCUUGGACCUGAAGCGUACACGCUCUCCACAGGUGAUCACAGUUGAUGUUGGUAAAAGGUUAGAGAAUGGAAUUACAGAGAAAAACAGAACUUUGACGGACCAUGAACAGGAAAAAUCCACUGCAGACUCAAAACCUGGAUGUACAUCUGGGGCGCACCAAAACAAGGUCCAAAGACAGCAGCAGCAGCCAGAGGUAAAACACAUGUUCAACAGACCGCUGGCGGCAGCUUCAAAGAGUCCGACCAGGGAACAGAGGGAGAGAGUUGUCUGCCCCAAGACAAGAGCCAGUGUCAGCACAGAACCUGCAGUGACGUUCCAAGACCCCCCUGAGCACGUGGAGGUGCGUGUGGGAGAGACCGCUAGUCUGAGCUGCUCCUACAGCUCUCUGGACCCUGUGGCCUCCUGCUGGAUCCACAACAGAGAACAGGCUGUGGUGAGUGAGGAUCGAUCCUGUGUGAAGAGUGAACAGCAGAGCAGCAGUCUCCAGAUCUCUGAUGUUAGGCCUGAGGAUGCAGGAAGUUACACACUCUAUGUGAGAAACCGGAGAGGGUUCACACAGCACACAAUCCAGCUCAGUGUCAUAGACCGGCCCCAUCCUCCAGCCUCCAGCCCGUUCGUGUCCCAGCUGACCUCUCGCUCUCUCGUGCUGUCUUGGUCUGGCUCGAGCUACGACGGCGGCUCUGCUGUAACCGGCUACGUGGUGGAGCUGAAGCAGGUGGGCCCAGGGGAGCCUGGAGACUGGACUGAGCUGACGAGCCGGUGUCAGAACACUACCUAUCGAGUGCGCACCGGCCUUGACCAAUCUGGGGAGUACCGCUUCCGCGUGCGGGCCUACAACCCUGUGGGAGUUAGUGACCCCAGUGAGGAGUCAGAUUGCAUCAGGAUGGAAACACAAGAUGGUCCACAGGAGGAGUCUUAUGUGGAUGUGGUCAUCGACACCAAACACACUGUGAAAGACUAUUACAAUGUUCAUGAGCGACUGGGAGUUGGGAAGUUUGGACAGGUGUUCCGGCUUGUACACAAAGAGACUGGCCGGGUAAGUGCUGGGAAGUUCUACAAAGGACGUGGAUCCAGAGAGAAGGCAGCGGCCCGAAAGGAAAUUGAACUGAUGAAUGAGCUGCAUCAUCCAAAACUUGUGCAGUGCCUGGGAGCUUUUGACAGGCGCUCUGAGAUUGUUAUGAUCAUGGAAUAUAUCGCUGGUGGAGAGCUGUUUGAGCGCAUCAUGGAUGACAACUUUGAGUACACCGAGCCCAUCAGUGUGCGCUACAUGCAGCAGAUUCUGGAGGGGAUCCAGUAUAUCCACAAGAAGAGCAUCGUCCACCUGGACCUCAAACCUGAGAACAUUGUGUGCGUCAACACCACUGGCACCCUCAUAAAGAUCAUUGACUUUGGGCUCGCCAACAAACUGGAUCCGCACAACCCAUUGAUGGUGAUGCAUGGGACCCCGGAGUUUGUGGCACCAGAAGUGAUCAGCUAUGAGCCUGUGUGUCCGGCCACGGACAUGUGGAGCAUUGGAGUCAUCUGUUACAUCCUGCUGAGUGGGGUCUCUCCCUUCCAGGGGAACAGUGAUGCCGAGACGCUGGCAUCGGUGACCGCAGCCUGCUGGGAAUUUGACCCUGAGAGCUUCGAAGAAAUCACAGAUGACGCCAAAGAUUUCAUCCACUCCCUGCUUAAAAAGGACAAGCGUGCGAGAAUGUCUUGUGAAGAAGCUCUGGCUCACUCCUGGAUGGCGUCUUUCGCUACACCAGAGCAACGUACAACCAAAUCCCUCAACAAGGGCAAGAUGAGGAGGUUUCUGGCUAAACGAAAAUGGAAGAAAGCUGGGAAGGCGGUGCUGGCACUGACGAGGAUGGCCUUUCUUUCCAGUAAAUCAGAUGGACCAGACUCCCCAAACUCUUCUGUUGAUGAGCUGAGCCCCAAGGCAGAGAAAGCCGUCCAGUCUCUGGAGAAGAGCCUGCGGAGUGAGCCACGCUUCCGCUGUGUCCUGAGCGACACAACCCAGCCCAAAGGCUCCACGGUCCGCCUCGUCUGCCAUAUCCAAGGGUACCCUGAUCCAGAGGUGGUGUGGCUGCAGAAUGAAGAUCAGGUGCAGGAAACGCAGCGGGUUCAGAUCGAGUACGAGGAAGACGGCACCUGCAUGCUCAUUCUGUCAGACGUGGAACCACAGGACUCUGGGAUCUACAAGUGUCGUGCCACUAACAGCCUGGGGGAGGCGCUGUGUUCGGCCCAUCUCAAAGUGGAGCUGUAGAGGGCAGUGUUCUCCAACACCGUUCCUGAAAAGGGAGCACCCAGCUGUCCACAAAUGCAGACAGACUCCCAAAGGCUAGGAAGGUGUUGUGACUAAAUCAGUCUUCACACAGUUCAUAUUGUGGCUUAAACGGGAACUGAAGGAAGAACAUGGAACCACCAUGCAUUUUAGUACAGGUACAUUUGUAACUGUAUAAUGAUAGAUACCGUUUUAAACAUAGGCUAAACACAUCACCACUGUUUUAAACAUAGGUUAAGGGUUGUGCUGGGAUUUGAGGGAAAAUGUUAUGUAAUGAGUUAUUUGACGUCCACAUUUCUACACACCUCUCAGUUUAGAGUGUCACAACCACAGAUGCAUGGGGAGCACUAAAACUAUGUAUUUUUAUAUAAAUUAACUUGUUCGUUCAGUAUUGUAUCAGAGGAAUUUUUUAUAUUUGUCAAGACUACAUGUUAAAUUGUAACUGCAGUGUUUUUUUUAUAUGAAGCCUUAUAAGUGCACUUCUGAGUAUUUUAGCAGAACAAAUAAAAAUAAACAAAGAGCAUUUCAAA